AUGGAUGCCGGAUUACAGGCUAUUAAUAAUUACCGUACACCUGGUGGUAGGAUACCAGUGGCGGAUCCGUAUGGAAAUAGUGGAAUGAGCGGAUACGGUGUGCCGCAGAGCAUCACAGCUGAACAGUCAUAUAAUAUAAAUCCUGCAGUACGCCAAGUAGGUGGAGGAAUGAAAUCAGGUGCGGUCGUUUAUAAUAACAGUGAUAAGAGAACGAGGACUUCGUCGUUAAGCUCGAUGUUGACUACGCUUUCUCGGGGUAAACAUAGAGGCGUAGAUGAUUUGGGUGCUAAAAAAGGUGACAGCGAUGAUGAAGAAGAAGUUCUGCUGCCACAAAUCAAUGAUACUAUAGUUACGUAUGAUGACAUUUCCGGCCUUCGAAACAAUGGAGGUCAUAAAUAUGGAUAUGGUGGAGCGAUGGACGAUACUACGCCUAUAAUUCCAACAGUUAUCACUAAAGAGGAGCAUCGUAAUGUGAGCAAUACUGCAUACAGGAAGCUGAUGGUUUCUCAGAAAAAGAGUGCCAUGAGUAUGCUGGGUAGGGAUAAUCGGCAGCCUAUGGAGCCUCUAAAUGAGGGAAGAGCAAUGUCACUCCAGACACAAGGAUAUCGGUCACAACAGAGGGUUGGGCUGCCUGGAGGUCUCCAUCCUCAUCCUGGCGUGCAUGCCGUACAGCAGUAUGGGAGUUCUCGCUCACAAUCUAUGAUGACUGGGAACGCAGAACAUCCCAGGCAAAGGAUGAGAGAAUAUGCUUCGCCUCCGGGGUCAGGAGGGGCAGGACCUAAGGCGAUGUCUCUGACAGCACAAUCAACGUAUGCUAGAAAUCUGGGGCAGCCUGCAUUUGCAGGACCUCCUCAUAGCGCGGGCGCUGCAACUAGUCCCCCUCAAUCGUAUUCAGCUUUGAAGAUGUCCGAGUACAUGCCAUAUCAAGCUGAUAGAUUUGGACAAAAUCCAAGAACAAUGUCGUUGCAAAAUCAGUAUCCCGGUAGGCAUCCCGGAUUUGUUUCGCAGCCAGGGUAUCAAGGACAUGUAGGCCACUCGGUUACUCCAGGUCAUCCGGGUCAUCCAGGUCAUCUAGGUCAUCCAGGUCAUCCAAGUCAUCCAAGUCAUCCAAGUCAUCUAGGUCAUCCAGGUCAUCCAAGUCAUCCCAGCCUUCAAGGUCAUCCAGUCCAUCCGGUCCAUCCGGUCCACCCAGGGCAUCAAGGGCAUCAAGGACGUCAAGCGUAUCCAAGUGGCAAUCUGAUGACUGUCCCGGUAAGUGGUCCAGGAGGAACUACUAUAGGUAUGCAAAUGGCUACUCCUGCACGCUUUCAACAACAGCAGGUUUUGCAGCCUCAGCAAACUCCUCAAUCUCAACAAACUCAGCAAACUCAGCAGGUUCAGCAUGCGUUUUCACAACCUACUACUAAAAUUGGAUACGCAAAAGGCAAUGAAAAUUAUAUGAAUGGUAGCAAUGCAGAUCCUGGUGGAAUGCACAGAGAGACUGUCAAUGGGAAAGGCCCAGGUGGACUUGCAAAAUCUGAGAUUGGAGACCAUACUAAAUCAACGUCUGCGCUGGCACCAGUCAAGGUAAAUGUCUUGAAAUUGUCUGCUCAGAAACAGCAGGAAAUUCAAGUGGCCACUCGUGAACUGGAGCAGAAGAGGAAGGAGCAAGAGCAAAGAGAAAGGGAGCAAAUUUUGUACGCAAAUUCCGUUCGUGAGUUAGGAAAAUCCUCUAAAUCUGAGGAAGAGAUUCAAUCUACUUCAGGGCAAGACGCUGUUGACGCUAAGGCGGCACCUAGCUCUGAUGUAUCUGAUAUUGAUUUGAGUCCAGCAGAUAUUUUGGUUAAUGGUUUAAACUCGUUGGAUACUAAUGACCCUCAGGAUAUGUGCAUAUUAGACAAAGAUUUUGUGGAUGAUGAACUUCUCGGCGGUGCGACAAGUGCGACUCAAGUAUCUUCUGCUUCCAACGUAAUGAGCAAAGAGCGUCCUUCAAGUACCGAAUCUGCAGCUUCCACAAUGCAAAAGAAUGAGAAUGAAUCUACACCCACAAUGAGAUGCUCUAUGUCUAGCAAAGAUGAUGUGCAGGCUACGGUGCCAAUUUUAUCAAGUAUACAACCACCUUUAUCGAGUGAAAAGUCGAAGGAAGGUAGCGUAUCUACAGAGAUGUCCCCUGAUGUUGUUCAGGAUGGUAGCGUUUCGAAUUCCAACAAGGAACGCGGUUUCAUGAAGGCAAAGAAAUUUCUCAAAAAGUUAUCAAGAGGUUACAAGGAAGGAGAAUCCCCGGAACCUUCCUUAAUUCCUGCCGAAGUCAGCAAUAAUGAGAAGGUCUCCUAUGAUAACUCGGGGAGAAGGUACACGGUGGCCACAAGCUUCCGUUCCUUUAAAGCAUCAGAUGAUUAUCCCGAUACUUUAGACAAGAGGAGGAGUAUGAUAACCGCCGUGAGUGAUAACAAACUAAGCCCAUUGCCAAAGCGGAGAUCUUUCCAUUCAUUGUUCUCCACACCUUCUUCCUUCCACUUAUAUCAGGUCCGCGCAGGGAACACUGCUUCUUCUGCUGCAAUAGGUGUUGACGCUGCCGAUGAUACUCCUCAGGAGCGUGAUGAAGAUGAGUUUGCAACCUUAGGCGCUACAGAUAAACAGGACUCUUCUACUACCGAAAAUGAUGAUGAGGUCGCUGCUGAUCCUGCUAUUGACAACAAUCCAGCAUCCACAGAGCGUGAUAAAAGCUCCACAGGGGCUACCACGGCCUACGAAGAAGACGAGUUCCAUUUCGACCAGGAGUUGUUCUCAGAUCUCUAUCUUCCUUACUUCGCUCAGGAACUUGAGGAAUUGGAACCUCCCGCAGUUGUUGCAGCGGAUAGACCGAAACAUAAGUUCAAAACAAUCCAUAUUAAUCCUGCACAGUUGAGUAUUAUAAACAGUAAUAAAGCUUUGAUGAAUGACCUACAUCUUUUGUCGCAGGAAUUGGCUGAGUCAAUCGUUCGAGAAUCACAUUUAGAACAAAAAUUCCUUUCAACACAAAGUGAAGAGGAGGCAAGGGCACUAUCCCAAGUGGAUAUCGAAAUUGAACUAAGGAAAAAGUCUUCAAAGAUAGUCGAAUUAAUUCAGACGUUGAACGAUGAAAGACUUAAGAGAUUUAUUGCAGAAGAGCAGCUACUAUUGGCCGAAAACAAUGCAAAACCAAGCAACCUUGACCUCGUUUAUAAGAUCAGUCAAAUGGAGAAAGAAUUGCAGAAGAAGAAUAAUGAAAUCAAUUUACUAAAAGCUAGACAAUCCCAGAAAUAA